ACCAAAUUAUGUGGAGCAAAAAGUGCAGAAAAAACCAACAAUUUUUUUUCUCCACUUCUUGAAAGUGGCUAUUGUUGAAAGAAAGAGUAAAAUUUGAGUGGCCAUUCUUGAUUUCUUGAAAAAAAGAAGCCAAGAAACAGGUUAUUUCUGUCUGAGUAAGGAAAAGUUGGUUUGCUUUGUUUGUGGUCUUUUAAUAAUCUUUUCCACAAAAGGGGAAGUGGGUAAUAUUGUUGAGAGUGGGAAUCUACUACGAGUAAUUUUUUUUUUAUAAAUUAAGCAGAUUUUGGAAGGUGACAAAAAGAAAGACAAGAAUCUUGGAAUUGUUUUAGACAACCAAGGUUUUCUUCCUCAAAAUGUCUGUUGCCUUGUUAUGGGUUGUUUCUCCUUGUGAGGUCUCAAAUGGGACAGGAUUCUUGGAAUCAGUCCGGGAGGGAAACCGGAUAAAUGAUUCAUCGAGACAUAGGAAUUUGGUGUCCAAUGAGAGAACCAAGAGGGGUGGUGGAAAACAAAGGUGGAGUUUUGGAGGAUCACAAACUGAUAAUGGACGGAAAUUUUCUGUACAGUCCGCUAUUGUGGCUAAUCCGGCUGGACAACAGAGGAUGACAUCGGAACAGAUGGUCUAUGAUGUGGUUUUGAGGCAGGCAGCCUUGGUUAAGAGGCAGUUGAGAUAUACCGAUGAGUUAGAAGUGAAGCCGGACAUACCUAUUCGGGGAAAUUUGGGUUUGUUGAGUGAAGCAUAUGAUAGGUGUGGUGAAGUAUGUGCAGAGUACGCAAAGACGUUUAACUUAGGAACUAUGCUAAUGACUCCAGAGAGAAGAAGGGCUAUCUGGGCAAUAUAUGUAUGGUGCAGGAGAACAGAUGAACUUGUUGAUGGCCCGAAUGCAUCAUAUAUUACUCCGACAGCCUUAGAUAAGUGGGAAGAUAGGCUAGAAAAUGUUUUCAGUGGGCGGCCAUUCGACAUGCUCGAUGCUGCUUUGUCCGAUACAGUUUCCAACUUUCCAGUUGAUAUUCAGCCAUUCAGAGAUAUGAUUGAAGGAAUGCGUAUGGACUUGAGGAAGUCGAGAUACAGAAACUUUGACGAACUAUAUCUCUAUUGUUAUUAUGUUGCUGGUACGGUUGGGUUGAUGAGCGUUCCAAUUAUGGGUAUCGCACCUGAAUCAAAGGCAACAACGGAGAGCGUAUAUAAUACUGCUUUGGCUUUGGGAAUCGCAAAUCAAUUAACCAACAUACUCAGAGAUGUUGGAGAAGAUGCCAGAAGAGGAAGAGUCUACUUGCCUCAAGAUGAGUUGGCGCAGGCAGGUCUAUCAGACGAAGACAUAUUUGCUGGAAGAGUGACCAAUAAAUGGAGAAUCUUUAUGAAGAAGCAAAUCCAAAGGGCAAGAAAGUUCUUUGAUGAGGCAGAGAAAGGAGUGACAGAAUUGAGCGCAGCUAGUAGAUUCCCAGUGUGGGCAUCUUUGGUCUUGUACCGCAAGAUUCUCGAUGAGAUUGAAGCCAAUGACUACAACAACUUCACAAAGAGAGCUUAUGUGAGCAAAACAAAGAAGUUGAUUGCAUUACCUAUUGCAUAUGCAAAAUCUCUUGUGCCUCCUACAAGAACUGUGUCUCUUCUAAGCUAAAGCAUGAAAUCAAGAUAUAUAUAUAAAUCAAGGCCAAUAAAGCAAUAUACAUUAGGAAAAAAAAAAUAUUGUUGUAUUGAUAUACAUGUAUAUCAUAAAAAAAGUUAGAUCAUAGUAAAAUUUAAUAUAACAA